AUGGGUAUGGAGAUUUCUGGCGCCGUUUCAACCCAAAGAGGUUCUCUACGCCGCCGUUUCAACCCGGAGAGAAACCGUGGGGACAAACGUGGAGCGCUUCACUUUGCUGCAAGAGAAGGACAAACUGAAAUAUGAAGAUGUCUUUUAGAAGAGCUGAAACUCAAUGCUGAUGCAAAACAUGAAGCUGGGGAUACUCCGCUUGUUCAUUCUGCGCAGCAAGGACAGAUUGGAACGCCAAAGUAUCUUUUAAAGCAUGGUGCUGACAUUAAUAUAGCAUGUGAACUAGGAGCCACAGCAUUGCUUCACGCAGCUAGAACAGGAGAAAUCAAGUUGCUAAAGGAAUUGCUCUCCAGAGGUGUCCCUGUUGAUUCUGAAAGUGAAUCUGGGCUUCUGGCCACGACCAAAAAGAUGCUGUGGAAGUCAGAACUUCUAGCAAAGUUAGAACACAAUGCCAAUCCUAAUGCUGAGGCUGAAGAUGAUAUCACUCUGUUGUUAUCUGCAGUGGCAGAGGGUUCUCUAGCAUGCUUAGAGCUGCUGGUCAAGGCAGGUGCCAAAGCUAACGUUUUUGCUGGUGGUGCAACUCCAACUUGCAGCUGAUGUUGGAACCUUGAGUUAAUUAACUGUUUAGUUAAAGCCGUGGCUGAUCCUAAUCAUAAAGACGAGGAAGGCAAUAGGCCAAUAGAAGUUGCAGCUGCUAGAAACAGAAAGGUUGUUGAGAACCUCUUCCCGUUGACAACAAAACUCAAAUCUGUUUCAGACUGGAGCGUAGAUGGAAUUCUAGCUAACAUGAAAGCAAACAAAGAACAAGAGGAGACCGGGAUCAAGAAAGAUCUUCCUGAGGCUACUGUUGGACCUUGCAACAUUCAGAAAACUAUUGCAUUGGUGACCAGUGGAGCUAAGCAAAUGGAUAAGAACUGGCUCUUUUACGUUUUUGUGCUUGAGUCAAGAAAGAAGCUUUGUGGUAAAUAUAAUUAG